AUGAAUCAUCUUUAAGAAGAUCAAGAGAAUGUUACCACAAUAGAGAACACUAUAGAAUCUAGUCAUUAUUCUUAAAAAUUUUAAACAAAUAUGUCACAAGAUCAAAAAGAAAAUAGUGAAAUUAAAGAUAAAUUAUUUUUAGAUUAAAAAAAGUAAAUAGAUUUUAUAUCUCUAACUAAUACAUAGAAUUUUAUUAAAGAGAAUAGCACUCUUUCAUCUGAAUAAUAAAAAAAUUAAAUAUAGUAAGAAGAAGAUAUUGAGUUUGUUGAUAAACUUUAUCCUUCUAACUUGAAUUAAAUUGAGUUAAUUUAAAAAUUUAACGACUAUGAUAAUAGUGUUUAAAAUUUAAAUGUUUAAACAAAUGAUCCUUCUUUGUUUGCUUCGCCUUAUUUUUAAGGGUAAACAGAUAACUAAAUUUAAUCUGUUCCCUUAUAAUAGUCUUCUACAAGCGCUUAAAUUUCAGAAAAAGAAAAUGCCGAUAGUGGCUUUUCUUAGAACUACAGUAUCUACAAAUAAUAUACUUUUGAUUAGCAAAAAAACAAUAUACAAGAAAACACAAUUUUUAAUAUGAUUCAAAAAAAUACUCAAAAUAUAGUUGAAUCAGAUCCAAAAAAGUUAAAAAUGAAUGGUUUUCCUAUUUUAUAAAAGAAAUCUACUGAUGAUGAAGAUUUGAUAAAAAUAUCAUCUGAUAUAAAAAAUUUAGAAUAAUAAAAAGAUAUAAGUAAGUUAGAUCUAAUAAUGCACACAAGUAAAAUAAAUAUCAGCAAAGUUAAUAUGGAUAAAACUAUCUAUUAAGAAAUUAGUUUUAAUACUUAGCAAGAUGAGUUUUUUAAUAGAGAAUAGAAGUUUAAUUAAACAGUUUCAACAUCAAGAGUAUUAAUAGAGUAAAACAUAAGUGAUAGUUCUCCUUAAAAUACAAAAACAAAGAAAUAAAGUGAUGAAAUUUAAUUCAACUAAUAAAGUUAACAUUAAUUAGAAAAUAAAAUUUAAGAUGUAAAUGAAUAAAAUAUUAAUAAAUAUUUUAAGAGUGAAAACCAAGUAUUUUAGCUUAUUCAAAAUUUGUAAACAAAAAACUCCUCCUAACACUCUCUCAGCUCAUUACUAUUAAAAACUAAAGGCCGACUAAUUAAUCAAAUUUAAGAUAAAUCUAAAUCACAUAUUACUGUUAAGAUAUUCAAUUUAAUAUCAUUAAUUAAUACUAAAUUUAACAUAGCGACUGAUACUUUUUCUGUAAGUAAUUCGAUUUCUGAAAUUAACCAGCAAUAUUUUAGAGCCCUUUUAUCUAGUUUGUAGUUAUACCAAAAAUACUAAGAAAAAGUUUUAAUGACUAUAGCAAGAAUAUAAGUUUUUGAGUGUGAAAAUAACUCAUCUAUUUAUAAAAAGUUUGUUUAAAUUCUUAAAGAUCCAUCAUCAUCUUGGCUACAAACUGAUUUUGUUUCAACUAACUUUUUCUUACAAAUUACUAAUGAAGAUAAAGGAAAACGCUAAUCUUCUUAAAAUAGUCCAAAAAAGAUUAAGUAGUUAGAAAAAAAGCAAUCUUUUAUUAAUUUUGAAAGUAGUUUAGCAGAAUAUACAAAAAGAUCAAAAAAAUUAAAAAGAAGUCAAAUGAUUUCAACUUCUUUCACUCAUUAAAAUUUGACUAAGUGGAAAAAAUUAAUUACCAUAAGUUUGAUUUGCUUUCUAUCAAUCGGAUUUUUUAGUAUUACUGUUUAGAACUUCUUAUAGUUGAAAGCCUUUUCUUAAAUUCUCUCUAACUAUAGAUAUAUAACUCAGUUCUAAACGGAUUUUCCUAUUGUUAAGUUGAAUUAAACCUUUGAACUUUUUAAAUAAUAAAAUUAUCAAGUUCAAUAAUUUAUACCUUAUUUCCUUAAGGAUUUCGAAAAGCUUAGUGCAUAUUCUGAGUCUCAAACGAAUUAUUUAAGCAAUAUUUUUAAAUAAAAUUUAUGUGAUUAGUUAGAAAAUAAUUAACAACUAACUUUGGACUGCUCUAAAUUUUCAGAAUCAGAAAUUUAACUUUUUUAAGGUGGAGCUUUAGGGAUUGUAAAUAGGUACAUAUAUAUAUUUAACCAAUAUUCGAGUUUAUUCAAAAACGAUCUUGAAUUAAAAAGGCACACUUUAUAGUUACAGUAAUACCUAAAUAGUACUGACUAUUUUAACCUUUUUAUUGAUCUGUCUUAAUAAAUUGAUGCUAUUUUAAAUAAUUUUAUAAGCACAAUAUCAAAAAUCUGUUUAGAUUUUACUUCACUUUUAAGUCAACAAAUUUAGCUUUAUUUUAUAAUUUUAGGGCCUUUUAUCUUUCUUAUUUAAAUAUUAGCAAUUUUUUAUAUAAAAGGAGUAUUUUAUAAUUAAUUAAGAUGCUUAACAUUUGGGUUAACCUUAAUACCUUAUUCUAAAAUGCAAGAAGAAUCUACUUUGUAAAUCAUUAAACAGCUAUUACAAUAGUGA